CAUCCCCACCCACACUUCUCGUGAGAUUCGGAUACCGGAAGUGUUUACACGUAUCAUGUGAUUUGCUCUUGUUGGCACUGUGCUUGAGUAGCUAUAAUAAUUUUCACGUUACGGUUUUGAAGAACCUUGGGUUUUAUCUAAAGGGAACUCUACAAGAUGCAGAACGUGAUAAACACAGUAAAAGGGACAGCUCUCGGUGUGGCUGAGUUUCUCACUCCAGUGUUGAAGGAAUCGAAAUUCAAAGAGACUGGAGUCAUUACACCAGAAGAGUUUGUAGCAGCUGGAGAUCACAUGGUUCACCAUUGCCCCACAUGGAAAUGGGCCACUGGAGAAGAAGUCAAGGUGAAGCCAUAUUUACCCCAGGAUAAACAGUUUCUCCUGACACGCAAUGUUCCCUGUUACAAGCGUUGUAAACAGAUGGAGUAUUCAGAUGAGCUGGAAGCCAUCAUAGAGGAGGAUGAUGGAGAUGGGGGCUGGGUGGACACUUACCACAACUCAGCAGGUGUGUUAGGAGUUACAGAUGCUGUACAAGAAAUUUCACUGGACAAUAUUAAGGACAAAAAUAUGAAUGCCACAUCGGCAGCAUGUUGUGGUGAUGAUGAUGAUAAUGAAGAUGAUGAAGAUGGAGAAGCAGCAGAUAUGGAAGAGUACGAGGAAAGUGGCCUGUUGGAAACAGAUGAGGCGACCUUGGAUACCAGUAAAAUGGUUGAAACCAAAGCCAAAGCAGAGCCUGGUAGUGAAGAUGCCAUCCUUCAGACUAGAACAUAUGACCUGUACAUCACAUAUGAUAAAUACUACCAGACCCCUCGACUCUGGCUGUUUGGAUAUGAUGAAGAUAGGCAACCGCUGACUGUAGAACAGAUGUAUGAGGACAUCAGCCAGGACCAUGUGAAGAAGACAGUCACCAUUGAGAACCACCCCCACCUUCCCCCACCUGCCAUGUGCUCUGUCCACCCCUGCAGACAUGCUGAAGUGAUGAAAAAGAUCAUUGAGACUGUGGCAGAAGGGGGUGGAGAGCUGGGAGUGCAUAUGUAUCUUCUGAUUUUCCUCAAGUUUGUCCAGGCCGUCAUCCCCACAAUAGAAUACGACUACACAAGACACUUCACCAUGUAGUUUCAUAAAUCUGCCUCUCUUAAUGCAACAUGGGAAAGAUCAGCUCUUCUGCCUCUGUGAUCAGAUUAUAUCUGGUCUGGUCUGAUUAGAACCAGUUUGUUGAGUGUUUGUAUUACUCUGAGACACUUUGCGUGGGCGCAGGACAUCGGGGAAUGUUAGAGGUAUGUGGCUAAACUGUUCUAACAUUUUGGGAAACAGACUUGUUUUCCAUGAAACCCAGAGUCAGAUAAGAAGACCAAUGUCAGUUUUAUCUGUGUGCAUUCAGUACAGUUACACGUGUUCUGUAUAACUGUUGCUAGCCUAGCUAUGGCAUGAAAAGUGCAACUUUCAUUAAAGUCAGAGCUGUCUUAUUUUCAUGUAUCAUUUAAUUUCACCUGUUGCAAAAUAGAAAUGUGAAAAAAACAGGCUUGGAUAUAUUGGAAGUAGCUUGCUAUCAAGUUGUUGAAUUAUGUUUUUUUUACUUUUGACAAAGCUGGCUAGUAGUUUCUUUUUACUUCCAGUCUUUGUGCUAACCUAGGCCAACCACGUCCUGGACACCUCUUUACUGGAUACACAGAAAUGAAACUGAUGUCCUUAUUAUCUGACUCUGGGUAAGGCUGCAGACAAGGCUUCGUCCCAAAGUUGGACAGUACAUCUGAUGUUUCUCUAUAGGUUUAAUGUUGUGACCACAAUGUGGUGAGCUCUCAUAAAUUCCUUGUUAAGCUUUUGAUGAUGUUAAUAAAAUUCACCCCAUUCCACACUGCUUUGCUGCUUGAAAUGUAAGAGUCUAUUUCAGAAAAAUAAAUGAACCCUGGUCAUGCAAA